AUGGGUACGGCAGGCCAGGACUGCGAUGUCCUGUCCGAUCAGGAGCUCGUGCUGGAGAUCGCAGAGAAGAACCGGCGCGCGCUGGAGGAGUUGUACGCAAGGUUUUCGGGGCCCAUAUACUCCCUCGCGGUUAGAAUGCUCAGGGAUUCCGGGGCAGCGGAAGAGGUCACGCAGGACACCUUCUUCAACGUGUGGAAGCGGGCGGGGAGCUACAAGCCCGAGCGGGGCAAGGUGACGGCGUGGCUGUUCAGCAUCUGCCGUCAUCGGGUCAUAGACGAGAUAAGAAGGCGCAAGCGGCGCGAGCAGACGCACGUGCACCAGGACGUCGAGCUAGCGGACCAGCCCGCCGACGACACGAACGAUCCGACCCGCUUCGCCAAUUUGAGGAUGCAGAGAGGGAUGCUGAAGGAUGCGCUCUCGAAGCUUAGGGCAGAGCAGCGGGUGGUGAUUGAGCUGGCAUACUUCGGCGGGCUUACGCACUCGGAGAUUGCCAGCAGGCUGGGCCAGCCUCUGGGCACCGUCAAGACAAGGAUGAGAUUGGGGUUGAGAAAGCUAAGAGAGGUCGUAGGCCCCCAGUCCCGGGAGUGGGUCUAG